CCCUUCUGUCUGAACCAAAAUGGUGAGAAGAUAUCCAUAUUUGUUACCUCAAAACCCUAGUUUUUUCUUUCCUCCUUCCUUGGAUUUUACCAAUUUGAAGCUUCGGCCUCAAAUAAAGUUUAAUCUUAAGGUGAGGAGCGGUAAUAGGUGGCCUGUGGUUGACCAUUGCCGCUCCAGGAGAGAAAAACGGGUUUUGAGAUUUCGGAUCAGGGUCACCCUUUCUGCACUAACCGCAGGUGUUCUUCUCAAGUGAUCGAAUAGUUAUGUAGUUAGGCUUCGUAGCUAUCCACCUUAAGUCAGAAACACGUGUUAUAGACGUUGUAACAGUUUCGACUUAAGCUAUGGAUCUUGUACAAGGAAAUAGAAGCAAAGGUGCAGAUAACACAAUGAAUGAAGAUGAGACAGUUGACUCAGGAUAUUCAAAAUCCUCUAGCUCUCUGUCUUCAUACUCAUCAGCCACCUGUGAAUCUCCUUCUCAAAAUGGAUCUCCAGUACAAGUUCCUGUUACUCAAGUCAUGGAAAGGCCUGUAGAAGUAUCAAGUGAUAGGAUUCCAGCUUCUAUCUUUGAAAACAAAGCCUCUACUCCGACAGACUGGAGUGUUGUCUCCAAUGAUUCGUUGUUCAGCAUUCAAAUUGGGAAACUUAGUUUCUCCAGAGAUCAAUUCCUCACUUUGACUGAUGACAAGUUUGAUGAAUUAUUCAAAUCUGAAGAAAUGAGAAAAUCUGCUGAGGUAAUCAGGUCCAGUCUACAUAGCGUAUUCUCGGUUGGGAACCAACAGUUUGACAUGGGAAAGAUAUGUGAAGUACAAGAUGAAACCUUGGAAGAUUCUCCAAGUAAUAAUUCUGAUCAAUUCAAACAUGGAGUCCCUCAUAUAGAACCGAAUGGAGGUUCAUCUGCAAAUCAACAACAAUUUGAUGAAAGUGGAAUUAGCGGCCAACCCCUCGCGUUUCCAAAACAGACGAAGAAAUCCGGGUGCUGGGGUUUCUGCCUUUGUACAUGGAACUUUGGGUGUAAGUGGCCAAGUUGGAAUUGGUGCUCAAUGUGGCCAAGCUGCUGCUGUACGUGGCAAAUCUGCAGCUUUAAGUGGGCAUCCUGUGGCUGUAAAUGGCCAAGCUGUGGCUGUAACUGGCCAAACUGUGGGUGCAAGUGGCCAAGCUGGGGUUGCAAUUGGCAAAGCUGUGGCUGCAAGUGGCCAGGCUGCGGUUGUAAAUGGCCUAGCUGUAGUUGUUGUGCAUGGCCAAGCUGCAGUUGUUGUUCAUGGCCAAGCUGCAGUUGUUGUGAAUGGAAAAGCUGCAAUUGCUGUGAAUGGAAAAGCUGCAGUUGCUGUGAAUGGCCUCAGUCAUGCUGCAAGUUUCAGUGUCCAAGCUUUGACUGCAACUGUUCAAGUUUUAGUUCGUCAUUCUGCUGCCCUUGCAACGGUAGAAGGAAAUAGCUAUGUUGCAUUUUAUUCCCCUGUUAACGUACAUAUAAACGCCCUCCCUUGUUGACAUAGUACUCAUAUGACAUUGUGAGUAUUACCAAUGCUAAAUUCGAGAAAAGAGAAAUUAGAAAAAAUACAACCACUUCGACAAAGAAAUACAUUCAGCAGAAAUCCAACAGAUAGUAGAGAGGCUAGCUGAGCAGCAAAGGUUUCAUCCAACAACAGCCCUUAUGAAUUUUGAAUAUGCUAAGAGAACUUCCAAGAUUUGCUGGUACUGUUUUUCUCUAUCUUGUAGGUCAUAUUUUUCCCGACUGCUGGUAUUGGUUUUUGAAAGUCGGUUUGUUGAUUGUAACAGACCUUGACUGAUUUCCAUACCUAGCCUUGUAUUGAAAAUUUUCAAUUCAAAUACAUAAAGUUUUGUAGAAAUACACACCAAUGUCCAUUAAUUCAUCGACUGUUACUAACGCUUGCUAAUAUUUAUACCCUUAUAAUUGCGGCCACAAAUAUUGGAUGACGGUGGAAGAUUUGCACAUAACGCGUAGUCUGUGACCUCACGAAAGGUAUGUCGAAAAUUUUUUGCUGUUUUUUUUAUUCGUAUCUAUAUAAAAGAACUUAAGCUCAGGAACAACACAAUCCACAUUUAAGUCCAGUCCUGGUAGAAAUGAUGUUCAGCCCGGUUAAUAUAUUGACAUUACUAGAUUGCUUGGAUUGGAAGUCCUUCAAAAUAAAAUAAACCUGUUACUAUUGUUUGUUACUCUCCUGCUAAUCUAAGUGAUACAAAGAAAAUGGCCAAGAACUAGGUCUCUUUUCAUCGUCAUUAUUCUCAUGUUUUUUACUCCUGAUGCUGCUAUGCUGCGGAAACUACUACUGCUAACUGCUAUUACUAGUCACCUUAUUCCUCUAAAUAUUACUCUUAUAUUUGUUAUAUAGGGUCGCGCUCAAGAGAGAACCAGUUCUUAAAAUAGAACCAUAGAACCACUAAGGUUCUACUGCAGAACCCUAAAUUUUAAAUAGAUUUUUAGGAUCUAAA